GAUAGGUUUUCAGAACUAAUAUACCGGUUAUUAUCAAAAUUCAUUUGGUUGCAUAUCAUUGGAGCAUCCUAAGCGUUCUGUCUCCAUCGCUAGCCUGGCUUCGCAUGAUUCCGAAACAGCAAAAAAUAUCCAUAUUUAUACAUUCACUCCUCUGCUCUGCACCACAACUUUUUAUUCCCUCCUCGACUCUUUCUUUCUCUGUGUCUUGUCUUCCUGUCCGUGUCUAUUGUGUCUGUACAGUUUCAGUAUCAAUCAUACCAUGAAAGUACUAUUACUUCUACUUCUACUAAUUCUUCAGCUAAUCGAUACCGCUUCAGGGGAAUUCCAUUUCCGGCCGGCGGAGCCGACGGAGUACCGGUUAAUUAAUACGACGGAGCUAAGAAGAAGGUUAGCAGAACCUUACCAGCUUUGUUUAGUGUGCAAGUGCUGUGCCGGCGCCACCACCUGUGCCACCAUGUCUUGCUGCUUUGGUAUCGACUGUCAGCUUCCUAAUAAGCCAUAUGGGGUUUGUGCUUUUGUACCUAAAACUUGUAAUUGUACCUCUUGUGCUGCUUAGUGCUUAAUUUUUCAUUUCAAAACUGCUUGUAACUCAA